AUGAGCGACUCCGACGAAAGUUUUCACGAGUUGUCCGAUGUGGACAGGGUAAAAGUGUGGGGGCAGAGGAAAAAACUCUCGCCCACCACUGUCACACAAAUCUUAACAUUGGGCUUCGAUUCCAUGGAAGCCCUGGCCCUUUUGACCAUUGAAGAUUUGGCAAAAUCAAAAAUGCCUGUUGGCCAAAUAAAACUUUUGCUUAAGGCAAUACAACAGACCUUCCCGACCCAGGGUAUCGAUAUGGCUGAACGACCACCAGUUGCCACACCGGCACCAGAGACCAGACCCAUGACAGAGGAGCCUGAGGACCCCUUCGUGCAGGAAGUGCUAAAUCAGCUGGGGGCAGCACAGUCGUCAGCGAGAGAGGUGGACGGGCCAAGCAGGACACCACAGAUUGCGAGUCAGGAAGGUAUUAAAAAGGGGUUCGACAUCAUUGACCCAAAUUCCAGUCCCAGACAGGCCCAGGGAAAAAACCAUAAUUCGGCAUCACAGAAAAGUCCACUGUACGAUUUGGCUACCAAACAAAUUGAGCAUGAAAUUCAACAUGGCAAUUAUGUCCAAGUCCACACUCCUCCCAUUAUAGUUAGCCCUAUGGGGGUAAUUCCCAAGUCGGAUGGGGGUGUUCGGCUCAUUCAUGACUGCAGUCGCCCUCAUGGAAAAGCUGUCAAUGAUUAUGUUGGUGACUUGGAGAAGCAACAUUUUCAGUCAGUAGAUGAUGCAGCCAAACUGGUUACCAAGGGCUGUUACAUGGCCAAGUCAACGAAAAAGACAUACAGACAUUACCUAACCUCAUAUAGGGUCUUUUGCAGACAGAUCGGCAUUCCCCUAGUUCCCCUUACACCAAUUAACUUGGGGCGAUAUAUUGCCUACCUAUCCAGUAGAUUAUCUUUUAGAUCUCUGCGGCAGUAUCUGUCUAUUAUAAGGUUACUUCAUGUGGAAGCAGGCUAUGAUGACCCAAAUCAGUCACACUAUAUACUCUCUCUUAUUAAGGGAGCUAAGAGGGUGUUGGGAGACACUUCAUCUCCCAAACUCCCCAUCACACCCAGCAUUCUAAAAAGUAUUUUUUCUCAUCUAGACCUCCGUAAUCCUCGUGAUAUAACCUUUUGGGCAGCAUGCCUAGUGGCCUUCUUUUCCUUUUUUCGGAAAUCGAAUUUAUUUGUACACUCAUUGACAGAUUUCAAACCCACACAACAUCUCACGAGGAAAUCCAUAUCCUUCCAUAAAAAAGGGGUGGUUAUGGCAGUUACUUGGACAAAGACUAUCCAGUUUCGACAACGUACUUUGCAUAUUCCCCUGCCACAUAUUCCAGGGUCCUUCCUUUGCCCAGCACAGGCUUUACUUCUGUCUAUAAAGAUGUCACCAACAAAGAAAAAGCCCUACCCGUUUGCAUACAGUACUCUCAGAGGGCUGACCCCACUUACCUACACAGGUUUCCUUUCACGCCUUAAGCAAUGUCUGCAGCUCGCAGGUAUAUCCCCAACCCAGUAUUCAGGCCAUAGUUUUCGUAGAGGGGGUGCAACAUUUGCGCUAGAGUGUGGACUGGCACCUGAUCUCAUUAAAUCCCAGGGGGACUGGCUUAGCAAUGCCUACCAAAGCUAUCUAGACCCCUCCCUAGCCAUGAGAAUACAAGUAGUCAAUACUUUAGCUUCCAAAAUAGCAAAAUUUCAUUCUUAG